AUGCUUUCAAAGAGCCUCAAGACCGUUUCUAGCUUAUUGGUUCCUCGUUACAGCUUUUCUGCUAACUUCAGAACCGAACAUGAUACUUUCGGUGAAAUUAAGGUCCCUGCUCAAAAGUUGUGGGGUGCUCAAACCUAAAGAUCUAUCCAAAACUUUGAAAUCUGUUAAGAUGUUGACAAAAUGCCUAAAUCCGUCAUCAGAGCUUUUGGUAUUCUUAAGAAGAGUGCUGCUAAGGUCAACCAAAGAUACGCACUUGAUGUUAAGAAGGCAAGCGCAAUCAUGGAAGCUGCUGACGAAGUUAUUAAGGGUAAGUGGGAUGACUAAUUCCCUUUGGUUAUCUGGUAAACUGGUUCUGGUACUCAAAGCAACAUGAAUGCCAAUGAAGUUAUUGCCAACAGAGCUAUGGAAAUCUUGGGCCAACCUUUCUCUAAGGCUGUUCACCCCAACGAUCACGUUAACAUGUCCUAAUCUUCCAACGAUACUUUCCCCUCAGUCAUGCAUAUUGCUGCUGUUAUGGAAGUCCACCACACCUUACUUCCUGGUUUGAGAGCUCUCUUAAAGGCUCUUGAAGACAAGCAAGAAGAAUUCAAGCAUAUUAUUAAGAUUGGUCGUACCCACACUCAAGACGCUACUCCUCUUACUCUUGGUUAAGAAUUCUCUGGUUAUGUCACCUAAAUUAGAAAUGCCAUCCACAGAAUUGAAUCCAAGUUACCUGAAAUCUCUGAACUCGCUCAAGGUGGUACUGCCGUCGGUACUGGUCUUAACACCUACACCGGAUUCGCUGAAGCUAUUGCUGAAGAAGUUAGCAGAGAAACUGGUUUCAAAUUCACCACUGCUCCCAACAAAUUCGAAGCUUUACAAUGUAAUGAUGCUCUUGUUGAAUUCUCUGGUGCUCUUAACACCACUGCUUGUGCUCUUAUGAAGAUCGCUAACGAUAUCAGAUUCUUGGGUUCUGGUCCUAGAUCUGGUUUGGGUGAAUUGUUAUUACCUGAAAAUGAACCUGGUAGCUCUAUCAUGCCUGGUAAGGUUAAUCCUACUCAAUGUGAAUCCUUGACUAUGUGCUGCGCUUAAGUCAUGGGUAACCACGUUGCUAUCUCUGUUGGUGGUUCCAAUGGUCACUUUGAAUUGAAUGUCUUCAGACCCAUGAUUAUCAGAAACAUCAUUCACUCCGUUAGAUUAUUGGGUGAAGGUUCUUUAUCUUUCACCAAGAACUGUGUUGUUGGUAUCAAGGCUGAUACUAAGAGAAUUGACCACCUUAUGCAAUAAUCUCUCAUGCUUGUUACUGCUCUUAAUCCUUAUAUUGGUUACGAAAAGGCUGCUAAGAUUGCCAAGAAUGCCCACAAGAAGAAUCUCACUUUAUUGCAAUCUGGUCUUGAACUUGGUUACCUCACUGAAGAAUAAUUCAAGCAAUGGGUUAAGCCUGAAUAAAUGCUUGGUCCUUCUGAAUAUGUCAAGAAAAACUGA